AUGUCUAUGGUAACUUUGGCCGGUCCUCAGGCUUUGUCGAGUUUCAGGAUCAGUAAUUUGACUAGAGACAUCAACAACACUGUUAACUCCAACGUGGUAGCUUCGAUCCGUUCUUGUUACGUUCAUUAUCUUCACGUCGACGGAGAAAACUCAGACCUGUCCGAGUCCACCAGAAAGAAGCUCGCUGAAUUGCUGGAUUACGACCAUAAAUUGGAUCUUUCUGUGGAAGAAAAUGUGAGGUUGGAAAGCCUGGUUCAAUUGUCUGGCGAUCAGGAAAGAUCAGCUUCAAUCAUCUCUCAACAAUUGAACGAUGAUAUUCUGAUAAGAGUGUUACCCAGGUCGGGAACGAUCUCUCCCUGGUCUUCAAAGGCUACCAACAUAGUAGAAGUCACUGAAAUUGAUAGCAACAUAAAACGUUUGGAGAGAGGGUUGGCAAUUCUUAUCAAGACCCGUCCAGAUUUCCCGCUGUUGCAAUAUCUUCAGGACGACAAGUUUGCCUGUCUUGGCUCCGUUUUUGACAGAAUGACUCAAAGCCUGUAUAUCAAUGAGGCCUCUCCCAAAUAUACCGACUUGUUCGAAGAGCUCCCCCCUAAACCACUGGUUUCUAUUGACUUGUUAUCCUCCAAACAAAACUUGAUCAAGGCCAACAAGGAGAUGGGGCUGGCUCUUGACCAAGGCGAGAUUGACUAUUUGAUUGAUGCCUUUGUCAACCAACUUGGAAGAAACCCAACUGAUGUUGAAUUAUUCAUGUUUGCCCAAGUCAAUUCAGAACAUUGUCGUCACAAGAUUUUCAAUGCCGAGUGGACCAUUGACAGUGCUAAACAAGAUUAUUCGCUGUUCCAAAUGAUUAGAAACACCGAGAAAUGUAACCCACAGUUUACCAUUUCUGCUUACUCGGACAAUGCUGCCAUUUACCAAGGUUCUGAAGCCUAUUUGUACACUCCAGACAUCAAGACUAAAAAAUGGACUUCCACCAAGGAAUUGGUUCAGACCCUAAUCAAAGUGGAAACUCAUAAUCAUCCGACAGCUGUUUCCCCAUUUCCAGGUGCUGCUACUGGGUCUGGUGGUGAGAUCAGAGAUGAAGGUGCCGUAGGUAGAGGUUCCAAAUCCAGAUGUGGUUUAUCUGGUUAUACUGUAUCGGACUUGAAUAUUCCAGGUAAUAGCAAACCCUGGGAGCUUGACAUUGGCAAGCCAGGUCAUAUAUCUUCUCCGUUAGACAUUAUGGUUGAAGCUCCGUUAGGGGCUGCCGCCUUCAAUAACGAGUUCGGAAGACCAAAUAUCAACGGCUAUUUUAGGACUCUGACCACAACUGUAAAGAACUACAAUGGUAAGGAGGAAGUCAGGGGUUACCACAAACCUAUCAUGAUUGCCGGUGGCCUUGGUUCUAUAAGACCCCAGUUGGCUUUAAAAUCUGACUUCAGAAUUACUCCAGGCUCAGCUAUUAUUGUUCUGGGUGGGCAGUCUAUGUUAAUUGGUCUUGGUGGAGGAGCUGCUUCUUCCGUCAAUUCAGGAGAGGGAUCUGCGGAUUUGGAUUUUGCAUCUGUUCAAAGAGGUAACCCCGAAAUGCAAAGAAGGGCGCAACAAGUAAUUGAUGCUUGUGUUUCUAUGGGCAUAAAAAGUCCCAUUCAAUGCAUUCACGAUGUUGGUGCUGGGGGUCUAUCUAAUGCUCUCCCUGAACUAGUUCACGAUAACGGGUUAGGAGCAGAGUUUGAGUUAAGAAAAGUUCUUUCCUUGGAACCUCAUAUGUCUCCCAUGGAAAUCUGGUGUAACGAGUCCCAGGAACGAUAUGUUUUAGGUGUUUCUCAAAAUGACUUACCUCUCUUUGAAAGCAUCUGUCAACGUGAGAGAGCUCCUUUUGCCGUCGUUGGUAUUGCUACAGAGGAGCAAAGGCUUAUUCUGAAAGACUCUUUGUUGGGUAUGACUCCUAUUGAUUUGGACAUGAGUAUUCUGUUUGGUAAGCCUCCAAAGAUGUCAAGAUCAGAUAGUACUCAGCCAUUGCAAUUGAGCCCAUUCCUUACAUCCGAACUGGAUCUGUCCGAGUCAGUUUCACGAGUGCUAAACCUUCCAUCCGUUGGUUCCAAACAAUUCCUAAUUACCAUUGGUGACAGAACAGUCACUGGUUUAGUUGACCGAGACCAAAUGGUAGGUCCAUGGCAAGUUCCUGUUGCCGAUGUUGGUGUGGUUGGAACAUCUCUCGGUGAUACCGUUGUCAAAUCUGGUGAUGCUUUGGCGAUGGGAGAAAAACCAACCUUAGCUUUGAUCUCCGCUUCUGCCUCCGCAAAGAUGUCUGUUGCUGAGUCCUUACUGAAUUUAUUUGCCGCUGACAUCAGGAGUUUGGAAGGCGUCAAACUUUCUGCUAACUGGAUGUCUCCCGCUUCCCAUCCUGGGGAAGGAGCUAAGCUUUAUGAAGCUGUUCAAGCUAUCAGUCUAGAUUUGUGCCCACAGCUUGGAGUCUCUAUCCCAGUUGGAAAAGAUUCUAUGUCAAUGAAAAUGAAGUGGGAUGACAAAGAAGUUACUGCUCCUUUGUCUUUGGUGAUUACUGCUUUUGGAAGUGUUGGUGACACCUCCAAGACUUGGACUCCUGCAUUGGCCAAAGAAGAUGAUACUUUGCUAGUGUUAGUUGACCUUGCGGGUAUCAAAGGUCCACAUGUCCUGGGUGGUUCUGCGCUCGCUCAAGUAUAUAAUGAAGUUGGUGAUGAAGCACCAACGGUCAGAGAUGCAGCUAUACUCAAGGGAUUCUUGGAAGCCGUCACUGUCUUGCAUGCUGAUUUAGAUGUCCUGGCAUAUCACGAUAGAUCUGACGGAGGUCUCUUUGUCACGUUGGUUGAGAUGGCCUUUGCUGCCAGAUCUGGGUUGAAUAUUGACCUGGGAGGAUCUUCUGAUAUUAUUAGCGAUUUGUUCAACGAAGAAUUAGGAGCUGUGUUCCAAAUAAGAAAGGAAGAUUACGACAAUUUUGUUGCUGUCUUCAAUGACAACGGUGUUUUCGAAGACGAGUAUAUACGUAUUGUCGGCGAACCAGUAUUUGAUAGCAAACAAAUCGUCAGCAUUUCUGCCAAUGGUGGCUUAAUCUACUCUAGCUCAAGAGGAGAAUUACAACAAAAAUGGGCCGAGACUUCUUACAAGAUUCAACAAUUAAGAGACAACCCCCAAUCUGCUGAGCAGGAGUACUCUAAUAUUUUGGAUAACAAUGACCCUGGUUUGAGCUAUAAACUAACCUUCGAUUUGAAUUCCAGAGAUUCGUUUUCUACGAGACCAAAGAUUGCCAUUUUGAGAGAACAAGGUGUUAACAGUCAACAAGAAAUGGCAUGGGGCUUUGAGCAGGCCGGAUUUGAAUCCAUCGAUGUUCAUAUGUCCGAUAUAAUAAGUGGUACCGUUUCUUUGGAUAACUUUGUUGGUAUCGCUGCAUGUGGUGGAUUCUCUUACGGUGACGUCCUUGGUGCCGGUAACGGUUGGGCCAAAUCUGUUUUAUUCCACAGCAAAGUUAGGGCUGAAUUCCACAAGUUCUUCAAUGAAAGGCAAGACACCUUCGCCUUUGGUGCUUGUAAUGGUUGUCAAUUCUUGUCUCAAAUCAAGGAGCUCAUCCCAGGUACAGAGAACUGGCCCUCAUUCGAAAGGAACCUAAGUGAGCAGUAUGAAGCUCGUGUGUGUACCCUGGAGAUUGUGAGCGGAGAUGAAGAUUGUAUAUUCUUCAAAGGUAUGAGAGGUUCUCGUUUACCAAUUGCUGUUGCUCAUGGAGAAGGUCGGGCAGAGUUUGAAUCCCAAGCUACGCUAAAGAAGUUUGUUGAUGAGGGGCUCACUGCUGCAAGAUACGUUGACAACUACGGUAAUACCACCGAGAAAUACCCCUUCAAUCCUAACGGUUCCCCUCUAGGUAUUAAUGGUAUCACUACGCCAAACGGAAGAGUGUUAGCUUUGAUGCCUCAUCCGGAGAGAGUUACGAGAAAGACAGCCAACUCGUAUUAUCCUAGAGACAAUAAAUGGGGAGACUUUGGUCCUUGGAUUGAGCUGUUCCGCAAUGCUAGAAGAUGGGUUGAAUCAGUUAAUUAG